AUGAACAAAGUUGACCCAAUUAUCCUCCAGCUGAUGAUCAAAGGACAACAAAUUAACAUGGAGCUAGAUACUGGAUCAUCUGUAUCUAUCAUACCUGAGGCCUUUUAUAAACAAAAUCUCAGUGAUGUACCACUUCAGAAGACCAGAAUAAAACUCAGAACUUUUACUGGUGAGAAUAUUAGUCCUCUAGGCACAGUGCAUGUACCGGUGACAUUGAAUCAGCAACAGGGAAACAUGGACUUAAUAGUAGUCAGACAGAAUGGACCAGCACUCUUUGGUCGUGAUGGACUAUCACAGUUUAAAGUGAACUGGCAUGAAGUGAAAGUGUUGAAGCUACAACAGACCACACAGAAAACUGACACAAUGUUAAAGAAAAUUCUCGACAGACAUCAAGCUGUUUUUGGGUCAGAAAUUGGAAGACUGGAAGGAAUUAGAGGUACACUGUACCUGGAAGAUAAUGCUCAACCAAAAUUCUGUAAGGCUAGACCCGUGCCUUAUUCCCUGAAGCCAAAAGUCGAGGAAGAACUCAAGCGCCUGGAGAAGGAGGGCAUCAUCAAGUCAGUUACCCACAGUAAAUGGGCCUCACCUGUUGUCCCUGUAGUGAAGAAAAAUGGUCAAGUACGUCUAUGUGGAGACUACAAGGUAACCAUAAAUCCAGUAAUGAAGGUGGACCAGUAUCCUUUACCUCGAAUUCAGGAUAUAUUUGCUUCACUAGCAGGAGGAAGGAAGUUUUCUAAGAUAGACUUGACACAAGCCUACAACCAGAUGGAAGUGGAUGAGUCUUCCAGAGAGCUAAUGACAAUUAAUACACACAAGGGCUUAUACCAGUACACACGCCUACAGUUUGGUGUAGCUGCUGCCCCAGCUAUCUGGCAACGUGCAAUGGACCAAGUGUUACAGGGGAUACCAUUCACAUCAUGCGUAUUAGAUGACAUGAUCAUAAGUGGAAAAACAGAUGAAGAACACCUUGCAAAUCUUGAUGCAGUUUUAGAACAAUUAGAAAAGUUUGGUCUACGAGCUAACCUAGAAAAGUGUGACUUCUUUAAAGAACAAGUGUCAUACUGUGGUCAUAUGAUAUCAGAGGAGGGACUGAAGAAGUCACCAGACAAGGUCAAUGCUGUACUUAAUGCACCUAGACCAGAGAACUUACACCAACUCCGAUCAUUCCUGGGCUUAGUUAAUUACUAUCGUUCCUUCUUACCAAACCUGUCAGCAGUCCUGGGUCCACUGAAUGAGCUUCUACAGGGAGAUAAAACAUGGAAAUGGACAAAACAGUGUGAACAAGCCUUCACAGAAGUUAAGGAAAUAAUGACGUCAGAGCAAGUUCUUUGUCACUAUGACCCAAACCAACCGGUCAAGCUAGCUUGCGAUGCUUCUCCAUAUGGACUUGGUAGUGUACUUUCUCAUGUAAUGGACGAUGGUACCGAACGACCAAUAGCGUUUGCUUCCAGAUCACUUACCAAGGCUGAAAAAGCAUACUCUCAAAUUGACAAGGAAGCCUUAGCUUUGUAUUGGGGAGUUGUUAAAUUCCAUACUUACCUCUAUGGACGUCAUUUCACAUUAGUCACAGACCACAAGCCAUUGGUUAGCAUCCUGAACCCCAGUGCUGGAAUACCUGCCAUGACAGCUGCACGACUGCAGAGGUAUGCACUGUAUCUGGCUGGGCAUACUUACGACAUAGAAUACAGAAACACCAAAUCUCAUUGUAAUGCUGAUGGUCUUAGUAGACUACCGCUUUCAGUGACAACAUCAGAUUAUGAGGACACGGCAACAGUAUUUUACAAUACUCAAAUAGAUCAACUACCAGUUACUAGUGCACAAGUCAAACUUGGAACUCAACGAGAUAAUAUCUUAUCACACGUAUUGGACUGUGUUUCCAAGGGACACAAUGACUUACCUGCAGAUGACGAGAGAUUUCGUUUAUACAGUAACAGAUUUAAGGAGCUUACCUGUCACCAGAAUUGCUUGAUGUGGGGAAAUCGUGUUGUUGUGCCAGAGAAACUUAGAGACAGAGUUUUACAGGAUUUGCAUGAAGGUCACAUUGGGAUCGUCAAAAUGAAGUCUAUCGCAAGAUCGUUUGUAUGGUGGCCUAAAAUUGAUCAAGAUAUCGAAAACUUAUGUUCCACUUGCAGUGGUUGCCAGCAACAUAGCAACAUGCCAAAGGCUGCUCCGGUACAUCCCUGGGACUGGCCUAAGGAACCCUGGGACCGUCUACACAUAGACUUUGCUGGGCCUUUCAUGAACUCUAUGUUCCUACUCAUUGUGGAUGCGCAUUCCAAGUGGUUGGAAAUCUUCCCUAUGAAGACUACAACAGCAACAAAUACUAUUGAGAAGUUAAGAAUAUUAUUUUCGCAACUGGGACUUCCUAAAGUUAUAGUGUCGGAUAACGGACCCCAGUUUAUUUCCGAAGAAUUCCAGUUAUUCCUUGCACAAAAUGGCAUUAAACACAUUACCUCUGCCCCAUAUCAUCCACGAACAAAUGGGCAAGCAGAGCGACUUGUUCAAGUAUUCAAACAGUCAAUGAAGAGUACAAAGGGAGACAAUGCAUCCAUGCAGCAAAAGCUGAGCACAUUUUUAUUCAAAUACCGUACUACACCACACUCUUUAACAAAUGAAACACCAGCUAAAUUACUAAUGGCACGAAAUUUGCGAACUAGGCUAGACAUGAUUAAACCAAACCUGAACGAUACGGUAUUGUCAGGACAGGACCAGAUGAAGUUUUCUAUACGCUCUAAUGUUAGAGAAUUCAAAGAAGGACAAAAGGUUAUGGCCAGAGAUUACAGGAACACAGAACGCAGUUGGAUUCCUGCUGAGAUACAUUCUCGUUCUGGACCGCUGUCUUACACAGUUGACACAGGACUUGGCACUCUAUGGCGACGUCAUGCUGAUCAGCUUCGUUGUGGAACUAGCGACAUCAAUUCUGAACCAAAUAUUGAAAUUCCUCAUGUCAGGCCAAUUGUUCCAACAACAAUUCGUACUCCUAAAGGAAAAGAUGCAAUCUCACCAAAUGUCUCGAAAACUCCUGUGGUGUCAAAAGAACCUUCAGCCUCCGUGUCUGUGCCAACUCCAAACGUUCGACGCUAUCCGCAAAGAGAGAGACGGGCUCCGAAGAAACUGAAUUUGUGA